AUGGCUUUGUCCGAACCAUUGAUCAUUCAGCAAGCCUCCUUCCAAUACGGACCGUCGUUUGAGACAGACCCAUUCAGUGUAGACCUUCUAUGCGCCAAACUUGAAGUUGCCCGGCUCGAGCAAGAAGCCGCUCGAGCUCGCUCGCUUCGCCAACUCGCAAGCAUUCGCAGAGACACACAACACCAGUCCCACUCUCAGACGACGGCAUGGAAGGCGGAGGAGAGGCCGAGCGGUCUCCCGAUCCAAGACUUGACCGUUACAUCGCCAUCGCAGCCGAAGAAGCGCGUCACUCGUAAACCGCUUGCAGUGUUCACAAACACGAGUGUUGGAAGGCCAGCAAAUGGGUUGUCACGGGAGGCGUCGGACUCGUCUACCCCAGCCCUCCAUGUAACACGAUCGAAUCCUCAAGAGAGAACAUCAACGUUCCCAAAUCAACCAUGCGUUGCACAGUCAGCUCACCGAAGAUCGCUCCUAGGCAAACUUGAUGCCAACAUCGACGACACCCACCUUGAGAGCCGCCAAAACGAGCUGGGCCGCCCGUGCUCCAAAGACAUGGCCGACCGACGAUCAAAAUCCUUCCCACUUCAAGUCAGCAGAUCGCCCUUCAAGCACCGAUCAAUGAACGCCGUCGAAUCCACGACGCCAGCGCACCAUACCCCCCGGGACGUUGACGACUCGCCCACGGGCUUUGCAUGUGAAUACACCAUCUCCUUCGAUUUGGCGGAUGAUCCCCCAUACGGACAAACCUAUGACCAUGCGGAUUUGUUGCCUGCAUGCCCGAAGACACAGAAACGCGACUCGCAGCCCAACUCACCGGGAUCAUACGGACUACGAAGUCGCAGUCUAUUGAAUCUAUCGGGCCUCCUGAAGAAAGAAGGACAUGCCGGCGACCUUUAA